GAAUUGCUUACCUACUCCGUACUGGUAUUACUAUUAUUGCCCGCACAACGUUCCCCCUUCACCGCUCUCCUUCUACCCAACUCUCCACUAAGGCCAAACUAACUUCCCUCCCAUUCCUCGUUUUCUCCUCCCUCCUCCCUCCCCCUUCUCCUCCUUUAGUCGACUGUCUUUCCCCAGUCUCCUCCCAACAACUUCCCGUUCAUCCACUUCCUCCGGCCUCGCCGUCUCUCACUCCCCUUCGACCCUUUUCAAUACCUUUAACCCCUUCAAUAUCCCCGGCACAAUGCGUGAGAUCGUUCACCUCCAAACCGGCCAGUGUGGUAACCAAAUUGGUGCUGCUUUCUGGCAGACCAUCUCUGGCGAGCACGGCCUUGACGGCUCCGGUGUUUACAAUGGCACCUCCGACCUCCAGCUGGAGCGCAUGAACGUCUACUUCAACGAGGCUAGCGGUAACAAGUAUGUCCCCCGUGCCGUCCUCGUCGAUCUCGAGCCCGGUACCAUGGACGCCGUCCGUGCCGGUCCCUUCGGCCAGCUCUUCCGUCCCGACAACUUCGUCUUCGGCCAGUCCGGUGCUGGUAACAACUGGGCCAAGGGUCACUACACUGAGGGUGCCGAGUUGGUCGACCAGGUUGUCGACGUUGUCCGCCGUGAGGCCGAGGCUUGCGACUGCCUCCAGGGUUUCCAGAUCACCCACUCCCUCGGUGGUGGUACCGGUGCCGGUAUGGGUACCCUCCUGAUCUCCAAGAUCCGUGAGGAAUUCCCCGACCGUAUGAUGGCCACCUUCUCCGUUGUCCCCUCCCCCAAGGUCUCCGACACCGUUGUUGAGCCUUACAACGCCACUCUCUCCGUCCACCAGCUCGUUGAGCACUCCGACGAGACAUUCUGUAUCGACAACGAGGCUCUGUACGACAUCUGCAUGCGCACCCUCAAGCUCUCCAACCCCUCCUACGGUGACCUGAACCACCUGGUCUCUGCCGUCAUGUCCGGUGUGACCACUUGCCUCCGUUUCCCUGGUCAGCUCAACUCCGACCUCCGCAAGCUGGCUGUCAACAUGGUUCCCUUCCCUCGUCUCCACUUCUUCAUGGUCGGCUUCGCUCCUCUGACCAGCCGCGGCGCCUACUCCUUCCGUGCCGUCACCGUUCCCGAGUUGACCCAGCAGAUGUUCGACCCCAAGAACAUGAUGGCUGCCUCUGACUUCCGCAACGGCCGCUACCUCACCUGCUCCGCCAUCUUCCGUGGACGUGUCUCCAUGAAGGAGGUUGAGGACCAGAUGCGCAACAUCCAGAGCAAGAACCAGACCUACUUCGUCGAGUGGAUCCCCAACAACAUCCAGACCGCCCUGUGCUCCAUCCCUCCCCGUGGUCUCAAGAUGUCCUCUACCUUCAUCGGUAACUCCACCUCCAUCCAGGAGCUCUUCAAGCGUGUCGGUGAUCAGUUCACUGCUAUGUUCCGUCGCAAGGCUUUCUUGCACUGGUACACUGGUGAGGGUAUGGACGAGAUGGAGUUCACUGAGGCUGAGAGCAACAUGAACGACCUGGUCUCCGAGUACCAGCAGUACCAGGACGCCUCGAUCUCCGAGGGUGAGGAGGAAUACGUCGAGGAGGAGCCCCUUGAGGCUGAGGAGUAAAUGUCUCAAGUCGACAGUUACGCGAAUUGAGAUCUGCUCUGUAAUACCCCGAUAAGCCUACAUUCUCUUCGACCAAGGCCUUCCAGGGUCUUGGUCAGUGAAUUCUUCUGUUUGAGCGCUCUUAAUUUCCCUUCCUGUUUUUAAUUACUUAGGCUCAAAGCCUGGACUUAUUAAACCCAAUCGCACAUAGUUUUAAAAGCAGUUUGGUACAAUCUUCCUAGUCUUGAUGAAUUUAGAUGUUAGGCAUUUGUUAAACUGGCCAUAAAAUAGGCCAUUGAUAAAUACUGUACCAUACCAUAUCGGUAUGCAUACUUUGUACAUGAUCCUCA